UAUUGUUUGGGGUUAGUGGUAACAGUGCGGACACCACAGAAAGUGAAUAAAUACAAAAAAAGCUGAUGAAUUUACUUCACUUUUACUCACUCUCUUCCUUCUCCUUUUCCUUCACUUCUCGCACCUGAUUCUCUCUUUCUCUAUCUCUCUAUCUUCCAAACUCUCUUUCCUCCUCUCUCUCUCCCUCCCUCCCACGAGCCUUAGCUUUCUCUCCGUUUUGCAUUAGCUUCGUUUCUAGUUUUUCAGAUUUUAUUUCCUCUUCUCAACAGAUUGGAUUUUACUUUUGUUGCUGUUCAAUUGCGAUAUUGUUCACAAAUCAUUGUACCAAUUCAAAUUCAGAGGAUUUGGAGUUACUUAGGGUUUUGGUUUUUGUUAAGUUGAUUUUUGGAAGAUGUUUCCAUGGGGUGGAAUUAGUUGUUGCUUGAGUGGUGUUGCACUUUAUUUACUUGGCAGGAGCAGUGGAAGGGAUGCGGAGGUUCUUAAGUCGGUCUCAAGAGUCGAUCAGCUUAAGGAAUUAGCAAAAUUACUUGAUACUGAAAGUAAAGUCUUACCACUGGUUGUUGCUAUAUCUGGAAGAGUUGGCUCAGAAACUCCAAUCAAUUGCGAGUAUAGUGGCUUGAGAGGUGUCAUAGUAGAGGAGACGGCCGAACAACACUUCCUUAAGCACAAUGAUGCAGGAUCUUGGAUUCAAGAUUCAGCCUUAAUGCUGUCAAUGAGUAAAGAGGUCCCAUGGUACCUGGAUGAUGGGACUGAUCGAGUAUUUGUCGUGGGGGCCCGAGGUGCCUCAGGUUUUGCAUUAACUGUUGGAAGUGAAGUUUUUGAGGAGUCUGGACGAUCUAUUGUGCGCGGGACGUUAGACUAUCUCCAGGGCCUCAAGAUGCUUGGUGUGAAGCGUAUUGAAAGGGUGCUUCCAACUGGCACUUCAUUGACUGCGGUUGGCGAGGCUGUCAAAGAUGAUAUUGGAACAGUUCGGAUUCAGCGUCCCCAUAAAGGGCCAUUUUAUAUAUCUCCAAAAUCUAUUGAUGAACUCAUUGGAAAUUUGGGAAAGUGGGCAAGGUGGUACAGAUACGCCUCAGUUGGCUUGACAGUUUUUGGUGUUUUUCUAAUUGCCAAGCAUGCCUUAGAUUAUAUUAUGGAGAGAAGGCGUCGUUGGGAGCUGCAGAGUAGGGUUCUUGCUGCUGCUGCUGCUAAGAGACAAGAUCAAGAUUCUGAAGGUUCAAAUGGAAAAGCUGAAAAUGGAUCAGACAAUGGUAAGAGGGAACGCCCAAUUCCAGAUCUAUGUGUGAUAUGCCUUGAGCAGGAGUAUAAUGCUGUUUUUCUUCCGUGCGGCCAUAUGUGCUGUUGUACAGCCUGCUCUUCACAUCUGACAAACUGUCCUCUUUGCCGGAGACGUAUAGAGCAGGUAGUGAAGACUUUCCGUCAUUGAAGAUUCACUUCUGAGAGCAAGUAUCCUGGGUAAAGAAACUUGUCAUAAGGACCUGAUUUCUUUGCGCAUAAAGGAUUUUCAUGUAUCUUUCUAAGAUUGUAGAUUCCUUCCCAACGGAUGUCCUGUCAUCAUUCCUGUUUGUGCCGAGAAAUUUUUCGGUCCUUGUACCACCUAGGUACCAAAUUCAUUUUUCACAACCAUCUUUUAAAACUACAGAGGUUUUAUAGUCAAGCACCCCUGUAACUUGUUGCCAUUCAGAGGUAUAUAUAUAUAUUGCUGUCUAUAGUAGGUGUUGAAGAGGAAAUGAAAGUUUCAUUAAUGCAGCUGCCUUUUAUUCCAGUUCUUAUAAGCAAUCGUUUAAUAGAAAUGUAAUUCUUCUGAAAUUGGUGACGCUGCCUCUUAUGGUUGACACAUACUGCAAAUCUAAUGAUUAUACCUUGAAGAGAUAAUAUGCAUUUUUAGAGAUAGCCUGUCCUCAAACGUGGAUAGGGACUGGAGUGAAUGGGCGCAUGUAUGCAGCUCUGUGAUUGUCUGUUGAAUGGAUAUUGUAAACCAACCUUCUUUCCCCACUUUUGCAAUUGUAGAAUGUGUAAGCAACUGAGAAAGAACAUUCCUUUUUUUCUU